UGUAAUCUAAUGUAUUUUUUUUAGGUUUUCUCCUAUGAGGUGAAGAGUAAUCUAAUAUAAAAGAAUCCAAGAUGAUAUAAAAAUGUGAAGAAAAAGAAAAUAUUCAAUUUGUUGUUACAUGAUGUGCAUUAACAAUACAUUACAUCAUGACUACCCAAAAUGAAGUUUGUUAAAGCUGCAGGGGGUUUAUUGUAAAGCAAAUAAAUAAUCUUUAAAAUGUCUUAAAUGAAUCAUUUUAAAAUUACAUCAUGUUUACCUUUAUGUCAUGCGACUACUAACCGAUGGCGUAUAAUCGUGAACAUGCAAAAGUAAUACUUCAUUAUUGACUUAUUACUUUAAAAUCUAUUUAUAUUAUGUGAAAGUUUAUAUAUAUAUAUUACUAUUCAUUUAUUAAUCAGAAUCUUUUACGCUGGACUUGGAGGGUAAGUCUUCCAUCUAGUGGUUGUUUAGUUAAAUGACAGUAUUUGUCCUUAAAAUUACAAUCUUUCUACUUUUCACCCACACACAUAUAUAUAUAUAUUAUUAAACACUUAUUAAUCCAAAUCUUGUACAAAAGGUACCAGGAAUGUACGUGCGUCAUCUAGUGGCUUUUUGGUAAAUUUAUGGUCUUUGACCUUUUACUGUAUUGCAAAAUAAUGUGAAUGUAACCUGUUGUAACAAUUUCCUUUAUACACAUAACUGUCCAAACUCACCAAAAAAGGUUAGAUACUCUGUAUUAUAAUUCUUAUUUGAAGGUUUUUGUAUGAAGAGUGUAAAGACUGUUUGUGUUCACGUGUACAUACAAUAUGUCAGUAUAUUGAGAGACCCUACAAUGCCGUUUGAAAACCACAGUUUAGCCAUGACUGCUUUACAUCCUGUUUCACUGUAAAUAGCUCACAACAAGGUGCUUCAACACGUAACAUAGCUUUCACUCUCUCAUGAACAAUAUGAAGAGCCUGUAUAUACUGCUUUUAGCACAGAUAAGUGUGCAGCUUAAGUGCGACAACACAAGGAUUCAAGCCACAAUUGGAAGCACUUUGACAAUUACCUGCACCUAUAAAGCAAACCAGUAUCGAUUCAGCAAAAAGUACUGGUGUGCUGGAGACUCCAGAUCCUCAUGUGAAGUUCUGAUGGACACAGAUGGAUUCACACACGCUGUGUACAGAACACGGGCUCAAAUCAUUGAUGGAGCUUCUAGAGGCCUGACGGUAUAUAUAAGAGAUCUAAAGUUAGAUGACAGUGGAACUUACUGGGUUGCGAUUGACAAAAUUUAUACUGAUCUUAUGAUCAGGAUCCAGGUCACCGUAACAAAAGAGGCUGUAAUAAAACCAAAUGUUUGGCCUCUCAGCUCCCCCGAGAUGACUUGCUGGGGUCAACCAUCUGUGUUUCGCUGUAGGAGUGAGAGAGGAGCGGAUGUGCAGUACACUUGGUACAGAGUUGGACACCCAAACAACAUUGUUCUGCACCAUUCCUCUGAUCUCUAUCUCCAUUGUUCAAACAUCACUGAAGACAGUCAGCUUUUCUGCUCAGCCUUUAAUGACGUCAGCAGCCAGAGAAGCGAAUUUGUUUCUCUGCAUCUACUUCAGUCUGCAGAAAAGGACUGUGUUUAUCGCAUCUCAUCGAGCGGUGAGAUUUACCUGUACAUUAAGUUUUUUUCUAUUUGCAUUCUGGGUUCCUUGCUUCUGACUGGUCAGUCGUGCAAUGCAGUGGUCAGUUAA